AUGUCUUCAGCAAAACUUCCGGAAUGCUCUAUCCCCAUCUUCACCACGGUCGCUUCGUAUCGUGAGUGGAGGAGAGAGGCUCACGAUGCCAAGCAGAAAGUGGGCUUCGUCGCGACAAUGGGAGCGCUGCAUGAUGGUCAUCUGGCCUUGGUAAAGAGGUCACUGGCUGAAAAUGACCUGACUGUAUUGUCAAUAUUUGUCAACCCAGCGCAAUUCGCGCCGCACGAGGACCUCGCGACCUACCCAUCUACCCUGCCUCGUGAUUUGGAAUUGCUCUCGGCCAUGUCUCUUCCGGUCAAUGUACAGGGGAGCAAUGGGCCUCUGGUCCGCAAGCCUUCAGCGGUAUUUCUCCCGACGGUGUUGGAGAUGUACCCUUCCGGGAUAUCGCAAACCAUUUCCGAGCAGAAGGGGACCUUCGUAGACGUCAAAGGCUACGAACACCAGAUGGAAGGGAAAAGCAGACCUACAUUCUUCCGCGGAGUUGCCACUGUCGUGACGAAACUGUUCAAUGCUAUAGAGCCGACCCAAACGUACUUCGGUCAGAAAGAUAUCCAACAGGCGCUGCUAUUGCGCCGCAUGACACGAGACAUGCUGCUGUCUCAUCCCUUGCCUGACAAGCUCCAUAUUGUGCCCACAGUACGCGACUUGACAUCAUCGCUUGCGCUGUCAUCUCGCAAUGCGUACCUUACACCGCACGAGCGCGAGGUUGCCGCGCCGGUCCUCCAUUCCGCACUGCAAGUGAGCAAAACGGCGUGGCAGAACGGCGCAAGCAAGCAGGAGUGUAUACGGCAAGCUUGCACCUUGAUCACAGACACGGCGGAGAAGGCAAAUGCGUCCGGCGGCGAUGACAAGAUAGACAUUCGUUUGGAUUAUAUCGAGUUGAAUGAUCCCGAGACCUUCGAUGUGCUUCCGGAAGAGGCUUCGCGAGCGCAAUGGGAGUCGGAAGGCUCAGAGGGCAAGGGCCGCCCUGUGAUUCUCAGUGGUGCCAUGUGGGUCGGACGGACGAGGCUGAUCGAUAACAUCAUAUUAGGAGACACACGAAAGCUAGGUAUAAUCGAGUAA